AUGAUGACACCGCCGCCAUCGCACCCGAAUCUCCUCUCCCCGUCCGACUACGACGACGACGCAUCCUCCAUCCAUAGCGAGCGCAGCGAUCGGGACUCCGACACCGAAGACGAUGAAGCAUUAAUAGGUGCGCGAUCCAGCGCAGAUAUCCGCGCGCACGACCGCAGCCUACUGGUCGAAGAGGAAGAGCGUGACCGCUUGCUGGAAGAAAGUCGGAGGCGAGGAAGGAGAGGAAGCUCAAUUGCAGAGACGAUGCGGAAUCCCUUGAAGAAACUGGGCGCUUGGGGACGAAGCUAUGCGGAAUUACCUGGAAUUGACUCGGGGGAAGGAGAAAUAAUGGAUCAUGAUGAGAAGAGGAAAGAGCGCAGGGAGAGGAGGAGGGGCAGUAUCGGUGCGAGUAGCGAGACGGACGGAGGUGACGAGUCGGAUCAGCAGGGCCUGAUGGGGCAGAUACGCCAUGAGAAGGUGCAGAAGAGGAGGAGUUGGCGGAGGUGGUGCUUCAUACAUCUGUUGAUUGCAGGGGGAUUUUCUAUUCUGGUGCUGCUGGCGUGGAAAAUGUCGCUGCAUCGGAAGGGAAUGGUCCCGGUGCAAAAGAUGCUGAGCAAUGGGACGGCGCUAUUUGCGCCUACGACUAUUUUGAUCAGUCUCGAUGGGUUCCGGGCGGACUUUUUGAAGAGGGGGAUCACGCCGACUUUGAACAAGCUUGUGGCGGAGGGCGUAUCGCCUGUAUAUAUGAACCCGAGUUUCCCGUCUGUCACGUUUCCGAACCAUUACACGCUGGUUACGGGACUGUAUCCUGAGUCGCAUGGUGUGGUUGGGAAUUCGUUCUGGGACGUGGAGCUGAAGGAGGAGUUCUUUUACACGGAUUCGAAUGCUAUGCAGCCGAAGUGGUGGGGUGGAGAACCUCUGUGGGUGACGGCUGAGAACCAGGGGAUUAGGACUGCUGUUCAUAUGUGGCCUGGGAGUGAGGCCCAUAUCAUGGAAAUUGAGCCUACGUUCCUGGAUAAAUAUAAUGGUGAAGAAUCUCUGGAAAAUAAGGUGAAGAGGAUCUUGGAAUUGCUGGACAAGCCAGGAGAGGAGAACGAGUUGGCAGAGGUCGCCAGCAUGAGACCGCAGCUGAUUGCUGCCUACGUCCCGAACGUCGAUGUGAAUGGGCAUCGUUUCGGACCCAACAGCACAGAGAUUAUGGCAACAAUCAAAGAUGUCGAUACCAUGCUUGAACAAAUAUUUCAAGGCCUCGGAGCUAGAAACUUGACGGAUAUCGUCAAUGUGGUUGUGGUCUCUGAUCACGGAAUGGCCUCCACCGAUGUUACUCGUCUCAUCCAGCUAGACGACAUCAUUGACAUGAGCCUCAUCGAGCACAGCGAUGGCUGGCCACUCUUUGGCCUUCGUCCCAAGAACCCCGCCGAUCUCCAGCCUCUCUACGAUAAACUCUAUGAUCAUUCGACAAAACAACCUGGCUUUGACGUCUAUCUUCGGGACAAGAACAUGCCCGAAAGAUAUCACUUCUCAAAGAACGAGCGUAUCGCUCCUCUUUGGAUAGUGCCGAAGACCGGAUGGGCUAUCACUACCAAAGAAGAGUUCAAUGUCGCUGAAGGUAUUGAAAAGGGCCUCGUAUACGCACCACGAGGCCUCCACGGAUAUGACCACGAGCAUCCCCUGAUGCGAGCUAUCUUUGUGGCGAGAGGUCCCGCCUUUCCUCACAAACCGAACAGUCGUGUUGAGCCUUUCCAAAACAUCGAAGUCUACAACAUCAUUUGCGACUCUUUAAACAUCAUCCCCAGACCCAAUAACGGCACUAUCCGCCUUCCGCUUAAGCCAGUCGGCGUCCACAGCGAAGAAUCUUCACCUGAAUUACCCCAUGACCCCCCCGACUGGACUAUUCUCACCGCACCCGCCUCACAGUCUACACUAGUGCCCUCAUCAACCUCCACUCCUUCCACAGUCUCGAAACCUGCCCCGGAACUUACCCCGGAACCUGCCCCGGAACCCGCCCCAGACGCCAUCAUCUCCAUCUCUCCAAUCGAGGUCUCUCCUCCCGCCGACUCCAAAGAAGCCUCUCCCGUUCUGAUUGGCGUCGAUCCGCCCGAGGCGCCGGUCCCCGAAAGACCGGUUAUAGCCGACGAGAGUGAGAUGACGCAGCAUGGGAAGGACUUUUGGGAGUGGAUCAAGGGAAAGCUGGACGGUGCCAAAGGCUGGGUUGGGGAACUGUUGGGGAGCGCGAAGGGCGCUGAGAAGGAGGGGCAGGAGGAGGUCAAGCAGACGGAGGUCAAGCAGGCGGAGGUCAAGCAGAAUAAGACGGUUUGA